AGGCCGAAAUGGCGACAACAAUGCAGGGACACAGGGCACCCAAGCUCUUUGGCAGGGAAAGGCCACUCCAUGCGGCCCUGGGUGGGCGCAGAGCGGCGGACAUCAUCCUGUGGAGGGACAUGAAGGUGUCGGCGUCUAUCAUCGCCGCCGCGACGGCGGCGUGGGGUUUGUUCGAGGUGGCCGAGUACCAUUUCCUCACGCUCGUCUGCUACGUCGCCAUCGUUGGCAUGCCCAUCUUCUUCAUAUGGACCAACGCUUCUGCUUUCUUCAACCUGCCAGUUCCCAGAAUCCCUGAGACUCUCUUGCCAGAGAGAAGCACAAGGCAAGUGAUCCUGGCCUUGCACAGCAGUCUGAACAGGCUGGUGUACAAGCUCUACGACAUCGCUUGCGGAAAGGACAUCAAAAUGUUCAUCUUGAUGCUGCUCUCGCUGUACAUAGCGUCAGUGAUCGCGAGCUGCUUCAGCUCCCUGACUCUCCUCUACCUCGUUGUGUUGUGCACGAUGAUGCUGCCUGCACUGUACGAGCGAUACGAGAGCGAGGUGGACCACCUAGUGACGAGAGGGGUGCAUGACCUGAGGAGCCACUUCGCCGACAUGGACUCUGGUGUGCUCAGGAAGAUCCCAAGAGGCACAGGAGCUGCAGCAAAGUAACCAAGGAGGCCACGACCGAUCUACCUAGCAUCUGAUACAUGUAUACACAACUGAAGUAGGAACACAUGUCACUGAUCCCUGAAGACCCCAAAGAACGGGUCUCAGUUCAGUUGUACUCAAAAGCGGCAGACAAGUUCAUAACAUGACCUAAAA